CAACGGUCGAAAUCGGUACACUCGGACACCCGCGCGAAACCAACAAUGCCAGUGGAUGACAAGGAGCUGGAUCACAUCGAACGCAUCAACAGGAUGAUGCGCGCGUCACUGCCUCUCGUCAGUCAGCUCGAGACUGAACUCAGGGUGCUUCCGGCACCCGACUCUGAACCGAAGAAAUCCGCAAUUGCAACACCGAGCGUACCAGCGUCGCAGCCCAAAGCAGCAAGCGCAACUACGGUACUUGCAUCGAGCAAUCAGAAUCAAAAGUUGCCAUCGCAGCCACCAUUUGUUCGGCCAGCACAGCCUGCCGUAUUUGUCAAGCAGGAGGACAUGCAACGCGUUCUGUCCGCUCACAUCCAAAAGCAUGCGCACGAGCUGGAUGAAAAUGGCCUUUGCCCGUGCUGCUCUGCUCGCCACAAGCGUUUGGACAAUGCUCGUCGCAGGCUCUAUCUUCGCCAAUGCAAGAAGAACAACAAACCGGCAACACAACCAGAACAGCUCGACUCGCAGCAGCACGGUACGGAAGAUGUGGAUGCUUUGAUGGCAUUCAUCAACAAUGACAAGACGUGCAGGGCUACCUCGAUGUCUCAUCGUGCCAAUGGAGCGCCGGCUUCCACGAGGACUGUCAAAGCGUAGAUCGAGCGUAAAGGUUUGGUUUGCUCGCGUGCUUGCUCAUGUAGUCAAGAUUGUACAUAAAAACGAUUGGAACAAGAAGCCAU